GCGGAAACUAUGGAGAUGUGCUGGGUUGCUGGGAGAAGAAUCAAAAAAAGCUGCUUUGAGCGCCGCCGCGAAGCAAAAAAUAACCGUCGCGCACGCCCGAAUCGAAACGGACGGCAGCACUUCGCAAGUGCUUAGCUGGCGGAACGCGACGGAAGGGAAAAUCAGGAUUUUCGGCCACCUGAUAUUCACGCGCGCUUGCAUCGUCUUCUGUGUUGCGGGGACACAAGACGUCGGAUCGCUCUUCAUUCCGGCGCACACGAUACUUUACCCGAACUCGGCCAACUACGGCGUGAAGCGGUGCAACGUUGUCACCUACAUCAAAAAAUCUCAAUUUGCAUCGCUACAUUCUUCAAUUAUUUGUUGGUCGCUCUUGUCUCAGGCACAGUCACAGCCUGCUUUAUUGGUUUAUAAUUCGGACAUCAAGAUCAAGACUUCAUUAGUCCUGUUUUUCCCGUAGUUCGGGAUAGUUACCUAUACCUUCUUGAAAAAAAUCAAAAUGAUGAAGCGUUUUUCUACUGCUUUCGUUUCGAGCCCGUCCAGCUCUGCUCAGCUGGUCAUGAUGUUGGUGCAAGCGAUGUUUGUUUGGAUGCACCUGGAGACGAUGGUGGGAGCUGCCGUGGGGCUCCAGUUGCGCAUGAACAAUGCCGCCGUCGGUGGUAGUGCUGCGGCUCCACUAACAGCGCCCUCGGGCUCGGCUGGUGGUCAACACGAUCGAACGGUGGGUGAGAACGAGUUGCUACUGGUGUCGCUUGGCAACAACAUCCUCGCGAGGGUUCAACUCACUCGCGUGGAGCGGCUUCGCGGUUCCAUCACGGCCAAACGGUUGGAGACAGCGUUAGCCGAAGGCGGAGCCGUGCCCAAUGAAGUUGCUGCCGCCUUUGAAGUCCAUCCGCCGAAGUUUUUGAUCACUCCUAUGGCGUUCUCAAAUGUUACAUUCUCAACUGUUGCCUGAUUUGUCAUCCAAAAUUCCAAUCAGAAUCGACACAACCAAGCUGGCUUUUGUAUGUUGAGGUCGCCGAAAGUGCUUCCUCGCCCACCCGCCGGGGAGGGGGUCCUUGACCUGUGGCGCUGGGUGCGGGUGCCCAGUACAUGAUGAUGAUGAUGAUGAAGCUGCUUCGCAUGACAAAUUCCCGAAGGGACAAACAGGUUGAGAAUCUGUGCCAAAUCUGUCAUGCAAAAGGCGCAAUCUUCCCAUGCCAUCCCCCUUUCAGUUUUGCCAUUCUUGUAUCACAAAUCCGGGUCUUCACAGUUGAGAAUGUAACAGUUGCGAACGCCAUAACUCCAGAUUCUGACGAGACGCCGGCUAAUCAGACGCAAAUCUAUUCGCGUGAUGCGCCGGGCAAUAGCAGCAUGUCGCUCCGCAAUUACCGGCAGGUCCGGGAGGGGCGGAUGGUGACGGUCGUGAUACAAACUCCAACAGAAGAGGAGCUGCAGCAAGAGAUCCGAAACAUGCAGGCGGCUGUAGACCGUGAGCGUCCACGUGCAGGUGAAUUCCUAGAGCCGGGAUCUGUAAGCGCGGGAUCUGUAAGGUGCUGCGCGGGAUCUGUAAGCGCGGUUAUCAGUGCGCGCUGCUGCUGUGCUGCUAGUGUUCACUUGCUGGGCCUUUGCGAUCUUAUUGGUGGCGUGGUUGGCGUGGCUGCUGGUGGCGUGGCUGGCGUGGCCGCGGUAGGGCAAUGCUACAGGGGUACACUUGACUGCUGGGCGGGGUGCUGUGCACGCAGGCAGCAGGGCGGGCUCUUGCGACGCAGAGAGCAACUGCAGGCGCUGCUGCGAUUCCGCCAAGAAGGCCAACCGCCACGACAGCAGCAGAUGAUGGAGCAGCCGCGGCAGCCGCAGCAGCUGAUGCCGCGGCCAGAAGUACCGCCGCCGCAGCCGGUGAUACGGCGAGGAGGAUGGCGGCAGCAGCUGGAGGAGCCGCUGCCGCUGCCGUAAAAGCUGCAGCCGUUGCCGUAAAAGCUUUUUUUGAUGUUUUCUAUCCGAUCGGUGUUGCAGAAGUUGCUGCCCACAGGCGAUAGUCAGCGAGGACUGCAGCCACCCAGACCCAUGUGAAUGCGAUCUGUACCCUACUAGUUUGAAGUAAAGAAAUAGAAGUAGCGAUUACGGAUUUUAUAAAGCAGAAGCGUUUAUUGCUGAAGCUCGAGCGCGCGACUACUUUAACACGACUCGCUUUCUACUACAGCCCCAGGAGAUGGCAGCACGCGAGGACAACGUCGCAAGCUGAAUACCGCGUCUUGCUUCACGUGUAGGCCAUGUUGACCAGGAAAAAGCGCAGCUUCAUGCAAUAUCUUCCUAUGGGUUCUUGAUGACACCAGACCCAGAGAUUUAAUUCUACGAAACUACGCCAAUUUGGAAUUGGCUGUAGUACGCUAACAAAUUUGUAUUUAUUGAAAUCAGUGAUUUAUGUACAUGGCACCAAAAGAACUCGAAGUGACCCAUGGAUUUGCAUUCAUGGAGGCUUUGAUGUUCUUGUAGUAGCACGCGUCAUUUCUUGUUGAUCAGCUACAGCACAGCUAUGCAGAAGAUGAGUGAGACCACAUUAGAACUACGACUUCUACUCAGCACUUCUAGGAAAAAAGACUUGUAGCUACCCCCCUAGAAGCAGGGCAAACAACAAAAAGCCGGAUAAUUAACAGAAGACUAUAGAACGUUUAUGAUAUUUCAUUACAGCCCCCCCCCCAGUCAGGCAGCGGCAUCCGCUAGAGUGCAGGAUGCGCGAAGUGGAGUAAUGUCAGCUCCAAGCCGACGACGCCCCACAUCGAAUGACCGCAGUACACCCAAUCAAGUAGAACUGCACAACUUCUUCGCUUGCAGCGAAAACAGAAGCACUGAGACUGCCAUGACUUUCAGGAACAU